CGCGGCAAGAUGUCCGCGGAGGGCGGGCGCGGAGCUGGGCAGGUCGUGUUCCGAGCGCUGCCGCAGAAAACCUUCGCCUGCCUGCAGGACAGGGACAUCGCGGACCGGCUCCUCAAAUGGUCCAUGCAAGGCAGGAUCACAGCACAAGCGUUCAGUUUUGACCAGCAGUUCAAGCCCUAUCAAAAGGAUGAGUUUCUUAUGGCAUUUUUUAAUGAUCAAAGUGUGAACUCCAGUUUAAAGUUGCUGUCAGCUUCAGGACAAUGGACUACAUUGGGUUCCAAAGUGACAAAAAUUGAAGCCACAGUGGUACCCUGUACACAGAUUUCCAUGUCAUUUUUUGAUCGGCUGUACUCUGAAGGAAUCGUUAGAGAAACUGGAACUAUUGUGAAAUGUUAUGAUGAUUAUUAUGAUGAUAUUCUUAUCUCUGAUGAAUUAAGGAAGGUCUUGCUUCUGGAGGAUUCGGACCAUUAUGACUUAUUCACUCAAUUGGAUCGUGAGGAAUUUCUGUUCUGUCUUUUUAAGCAUUUUUGCAUUGGAGGAACCCUUUGCCAGUAUGAAGAUGCAGUUGACCCAUACUUAGAAACUACAAAAGCUUUUUAUAAAGACUUGGUGAGCUGCUUGUUCCUUCAGUCCUGGGCCAUAGGUGACUCUGCAUUGACUGCAGCUGUUUCUGCUCUUCUGUUGUUGAAUUAAUCUAGGACAAAGUGCAAAUCCAAUCAGUUCCUUCACUUUACUGCUCCCCUUUGCUGUGGAGUUGUUUUAUCCUAAACAUGUUCAAGUUCUGUUCUAAGCCACUCAUUUUCUUUACCUUCCUAUCUCCUUAAACAUCUUUCCAUUCUUUUUCCUUUUCAUGCUGUAAAAUUGAAUAGGGAUGUGAAAUAGUUCUUGUUACUUAAAACAGAAAAAAAGCCUCUGCCAAGAUCCUCCCACAAUUUCAUCCUGCUUUCAAAGUUUACCUUUUCUGUAUCCUCAACCUGUUCCCUAUUAGCCCUUUGUAUUUUCCUCUUGUGUGCGGUUUCUGUCCUUAAUAAAAUAUUUAGGAGAAAAUAUUUCAAGUGUAUAUUCCUGUGCUGUUUGGGUUUUUUUGUUUUUUUGGGUUUUUUUUGCCAGUUGGCCCCAAGUUUUCAAGUGAUGUAACUGAUCUUCCAAAUUUGUCUACCAUGUGUCUCUCUGCUGCCUGUAAAUGUCUGCUGGUCUCUCAGUGCCAGAGGAGCUGGUGUUAGCACUGGUUACCAGCUGAAAACAAAACUUACCAUUUCACUGAAUCUUUUAUCUUUCUCCUUUGGUAUUGAGUUCUUUGUCAGUCCCAUGAGAAAAGCUUUUAAUCUUGACAUUUCAGACCUUUCCUCCUCCUUCCGAAUCACAGUUGCCUUUUCCUUGGUUUCAUUUCCCCCUGCUCCCAGUUUAUCCAAAAUUAUGGUUCUGUUUUAUUUCCACUGUGUUAAGAAAGAAAAAGGCAGUGACAGGCUCUGCAUAGGGACGCUAAUGACAGUCUUGACUUAAUUUCUAAUUUCUGGCCACUGUGUUACUUCAUUCUUGCACAAAUUACACCAGAAAAUAAAGCAAUUAAAAUUACUUUCUUAUAGCCUCUUGUUUUCAGUAAAAGACUGCUGAUUAUAGUAGUAAUCUCUUAAAUUUUCUUUACCAAAAAGUUCACCCUCAAAUUCCUAGUGAAUACCAAGUUUUGUUUAAAUUCUUGUUUUAGACUGCUACCCUCUGUGUGUUUUCAUUGUAUCUUGAAUUACAGUUGCAUUGGACACUUUCUAUUCUUUAUAAAGUGAUAUUAAAAACUUAACAGUAUUAAAAAAUUUGUAAACUGUACUGUCCUUAAGGUUUAACUUUUAUGUUUGGGGAUCAGAAAGCUUGGUAAAAAAACAAGUGGAUACUUCAAUAAUCAUUAGCUGCUGGCUGAGGAUGUGCGUUGAAAGAUUAGCUGCCACAGAUGAAUUCAGUCCAAUAACAGUAAGCUUAUGGAUGUAUAAACUGCCACUGUUUAGUCCUGUUACAGUAUUCCUCAUGGGCCAGAGCCUUGGCAUGAAGAGUUCCACAUAAGUGCCUUUACUGCAGGGAGCAGCAGACCUGUUAAAGAGCUUUUCCCUACUUACCUUUAUUACAGCUUUUUUUUUCCUGGCCAUACCUGAGUUCUAACUCCAAGGCAGUAGCAUUCAAAAUAGUGUCAAAAGUUUUGAGGUUUCAUUUUAUUAAAGCAUUUCUAUGUACAUUGCUUUAUUAUGAGAGAAUGUAAUAAUUUUUUUGAAAUUAACAACUCUAGAUAUUUUACAAGCUAGGGACUUGCAAAUACAGCUACUAAAUGGCAGACAUUUUUUCUUUGCAAAAAGAGUGAUAUAUUCUUACUAGAAAAGUAAUGCACAACUUGUAGUCUGUUACUAUCCCAUCGGUAAUUAGUCUGUGAUCUGUUGAAUCCAUCCAAAAUUCUAGUGUUUAGUGUUGUAUCCUGUAUAACCUAAAUAAUUUCAAAUCACUAUUCCUUGUUGUAGUAUUUUGAUUUAAAGGAUAUAUUUACAUAACAAAAACUCGUUAAUUAAAAUAUAAUCUAUGAAUCCCUGUUGGUAAAUCUUGUCCGCUGUACUUAACCCCUGAUUUUUCUGACUGUCUCUCCAUGGUGACAGCUGCUGUAGCAUGUAGUAAUGAUUGUUUUCUUCUCCUUUCUUAAUCUCCAUCUCCAUGCCCUUUUCCCCAUAAUGAAUGAAUGUAUGUGAAAGCAUUACAUUGUUCCUUUAUUGUUUGGAAAGCCUAGUAAAAUAUUGCCAGUAAGGUUAGGACAUAAAUAAAGCCCAAAGUGAAUAGAGUGACCAUGAGGAUGUUUGCUUUUCAUAAAAAGAGAAUAGAUGCACAUUAAAAUGAUGAACUACCAUAUCCAAUGAAUAGUUUAGAAGUUAACAAUUUGAAAGAACAUGGGACUAUUAACAUUAUUUUUAAGGAAAUACUAUCCUCUUCAAAAGGACGAGAUAGUUUUUUUCUAAAACCUUUCAGGGGGAAAUAAAGAGAUAGAGCAAAUGAGCUUGUCAAAGGCAACCUCUUGGUUGUCUUUCAAGUCAGCAAGGGAAGAAUCUCAUCUGAUUUUAACAGACACAAAUUUUUUCCUUAAAAAAUAACCAAUACUGAAAAUAAACAUUUUGAAAAAUUGCUAACAGGAAACAAACCACAAGGGGAAGAUUUCUCAAGGUCAU